AUGACUACUGCUCUCUUCACGCCUAUUAAACUCGGUGCAUCUCUCUUGAAACAUCGUAUUGCCCUGGCUCCUCUGACCCGCCGUCGCUCUGAUGAAGACCAUAUCUCUAUCCCUUUGAUGACCGAGUAUUACGCACAACGUGCUACUGAUGGUGGUCUACUCAUUACUGAAGGUGUCUUCAUUUCCGAAGAGUCCGGUGCUUACCCACAUGUUCCCGGUAUCUUCACUGACAAGCAGAUCGAAUCAUGGAAAGAAGUAACUAAGGCUGUUCAUGACAAGGGUGGAAUUAUAUACCUCCAAUUGUGGGCCGUUGGUCGCGCCAAUGAAUCAGCUAACAUCCCAGGCAACAAGCUCCCUGGCUCUGCAUCUGCUAUUGCAAUUAGAGGCAAGAAUGAUUCCGGAGAGGAUUAUGAAGUACCUCGUGCACUCGAGACCGAGGAAAUCCCCCUUAUUGUGGAGCAAUACGCCCAAGCUGCCAGAAACUCGAUUGCUGCUGGGUUUGAUGGUGUUGAGAUCCACAGUGCUAAUGGUUAUCUUUUGGAUCAAUUCCUCAACAGCUCGUCUAAUGUGCGUACAGAUAAAUACGGUGGAUCAGCUGAAAACCGUGCUCGCUUUACCUUGGAGGUUGUCGAAAGUGUUUCCAAAGCAAUCGGAGCAGAUCGCACUGGUGUUCGUUUCUCACCUUGGUCUGGAUACAAAGAUGUGAUCGACGCCAAGCCUUAUGAGACCUGGGGAUACGUUGUAGAGCAGCUACAGGAGAACUAUCCUGACCUGGCCUAUCUUCAUUUUAUUGAACCUCGUGAUGACUUUAUCAGCGGCCUUCACCCUGAAGUUGAUAGAACUGAGAUUCUUGAGAACGAUAGCAUUGAUCCAUUCCGCAAAGUAUGGAAGGGUCCAUUCAUUACUGCCGGUGGAUACACCACUCAUCCAAAGCGUGCAUUUGAAACUGCUGAAUUGAUGGAAAACACCUUGGUUGCCUUUGGCCGUUCUUUCAUUGCAAAUCCCGACCUUGUUCAUCGUAUUAAGAACGACUUACCUUUAAAUAAGUAUGACCGCUCAACCUUCUUUACCCUGGGUAGCGUUGGAUAUACCGAUUACCCUUUUCAUGACCCUGAAACAGCUGAUAAUAAUUAG